CACCCCCCACACCAACACGAUGCCGCCAGAUCGACAGCCGCGGGUGCAGCGGAUCGUUCGCGUCCGCACGGGAUGCUGGUCUUGUCGGCGUAGGAAGAAGAAGUGCGACGAACUCCGACCGAUCUGUUCAGGGUGCCGGCGGAAUGACCUGGUUUGCGAGUGGCCGUCGAACCUACCUGGAAGGAGGAACUCGGGCCCGGAAAACGACAUGUCGGGUUACAUCCCCGGAGAUAGACGGUCUAGUUACGCCGGGUCGAUCGAAGAUCUCGAUGCCAUGCAACUACCCGGUAGUCCCUUGUCCAGGCGCCACUCCUCCACUUCGUCAAGUGCGGGACUUUCCGCCAUUGUCGAGGAGCACCUGGCUCGGGGACCGGGUCAAGUCGAGGCUAUGGACAGCCGCAGGUCAACUUUGGUAGAGGAAGAAAACGCACUCGUGGCUAGUAUGGCUGUCGGAAACGUCGUUCCUCGGACUUUGUCCAUGUUGCCUGGCUAUGACCCGGAGAGCUACGCCUUGCUUUCGCAUUAUCUGGCCAACACGGCGGAUGUGAUGGCCAACGGUACUACCCCUAUCAACCCGUUUCUGGUUCAGAUUGUACCACUCGCAUUCACCAGCGAUCUCCUGCUCCAGCUCGUCAUUGCUCAGAGUGCUGCGCACCGUGCCUUUCGACGACGUGACGAUUCAGAUGCUGUGGCCAACUCCCACUAUACAAAAGCCAUUCAGCUCUUCAGACAUGGUGUCAACGAUUUCAUCCAAGGCAAAGAAUCAAACCCGCUGAUGCUGCUGGUUGGCGCCUUGUUGAUGUGCUUCACCGAGACUGCCAAAGGCGACAUGACAGGAACUGUCUUCGAUCAUCUGUCAGCCGCUCACUCCUUACUAGUGAAGCUCCUCGAACAAAGUGACACCGCCGUACCAAGAGAGUUGAAAGACUUCGUCAUCGAGUACUACGUCUACACCGCGACCGUGAGCAUGAUUUCAAUCGACGCUCGCUUAAGUGGACAGGUCUUCUUGAACUUCGACCUCGAACAACGUGCGCGUGAGGUCCUCCGCACUCAAUACGUGGGCAAUCUGUGUGGCUGCUGGUUAGAGUUACUCCUCCUCAUCCCCUGUAUCUUCGAUCUCGGCCGGCAAUGGAUGAUGGACGACACCCAGCCCACCCUUCCGACAGCAGACGACAUGGCCAUGUUCGCUUCCAUCCAAGCUCAGGUUCUACGCUGGUCGCCCUACUCCUUUGUCGAGCCUGAGGUUUACCUAGCUGGUCUAGUCUUCCAACAAGCAAUGCUCAUCUACUUGUACACUUCGCUCGGUGGCUACACCUACGCCCCGGACGGCAUGUAUAAAGGUCUCAUCCAAACGGCUGUCACUGAAGCGCUGUCCUACCUCGACGAAAUUUCGCCACAAGCCAGGAUCAACUCUGGUCUCUGUUGGCCGAUCGCAGUCGUGGGAUCGUGUCUUGAGAAGCCUGAGCAGCAGGAACGUCUUCGGACACGUUUGACGGCGAUGGCGACGCACUUUGGCCUAGGUAAUAUGCAGCGAACGCUUCUGUUGCUAGAGGCCAUGUGGGAACUCCCCGCGGCUGAUGCUGGGCCGUGGAACAUCUGUCGGACGAUGCAGGCUAAACAGAUUUGGAUAUCGUUUGCGUGAUUGCAGCCCGAGUCACUUGAUGUACAGUUUGUACAAUUUUCAAGGUAGUCUUCAAGGUUAUGGGUCAAGUCUAAGGACCAGCCAAAUCCCUGGGUAUCUCGGUCGCAGAUCCCCUGAGCGUGAAAUAUGUCUUUGUGAGACCGCCGAUCACGAUGAGCCACGGCAUAAAUGACCGAACUCCCAUCACUCACCAGGCGCACCAUAGCCCGAGCCUACUUUAUUGCAUCGCCGAAACAACAACUCAGAAAGUGCACGUUGCGACGCAAGCGCUUGGCCCUUCUUGUCGCCCACCAGUCCCGCGAAAGAGGUGUGCUACACGCUUCGUCUAAAUUCGAACACUCUCAGUCAGGAAGGCAUCAAGGACUAGAACUGCAGCGGCGCAGGAAAAUUCGAGUCAAGCCGGCAUUCCGGUCGAGCAUGCACAGCCAAACUUCUAAGUCAUUGCCAGGAUAGUCCUCUUGCUAGCCGUGCUAGCAGCCUUCUUGCAAUGCAUUCGUGGCCAUUGAACGUCAUGCUGGAUUCAUCCAACACCAUGCUUGAGAUUAAUGUCAAAGCGGGCUGCUAAAUAUCAUUUGGACAAGCCUCCACAUCUACGUCCUUGGGGUUCAUGAUACCCGCACCGUUGAAAAUAGCGCUCGACGCGUCCCCAUGUCAAGUUCAGUGCUGCAGCUUUAAUUUCCCAUUUUGUCGGAUAUAUCGUCGACUAGCCUUUUGACGGUGCCUGAUUGUGUUUACUUUACUUGGGGUCAAUGCAAGACCUGUGUCCGUCGUCUUAUUUAUGAGGAAGGAAGCCUCACUCGUGAAGCAGGAUAGUUUCCAGUUUUGAGGCCAGAGCGGCUUUUUUUCAACCUGCUAGGUUGCUAGACCACGCUAUUUGAGGUGGCUUGGCUACAUACCGCCGUCAGCUACACCGGAAAUGAAGGGAUUGUGCCCUGAAAUAUUCCGCCGGCGUACAAGAAAUCAAUGAAUACCUACACAAAUGAUUCUCAAAAUGUUCCUUGAAAAAGUGGCGACGAACCUUGAUAAAUUGGUUUUAUUGUCAACUGAAUUGAUGACGUUGAAUA